AUGAGUGCCACGAAAUUCAAUAGUGAGACAAAGGUUUGGAGUCGAAGUGGAAGUGAUCCUCCAAGUCCAAUGUUUCAUGAGAAAGUCACCAUUGGAAGAGCCAUUCUGUACCUUCUGAAUCUGCGACCAGAAGCCAUUUGCCAGAUCAGUGCUGACGAUGGAAGUGAAAGAUGCAACGGGGAAAUCUAUCACGACACUCUGAAGAUCGCCCUCAAUCUGCAGAGAAAUGGGUGCGCGAGGAACGAUGUCGUGAGCUUCAUCUGUAGGAACAGUCACAGCCUGACUUCGGCUGUUCUCGCAGCAUUCUUCUUGGCAGCUCCCGCGAGUCCAAUGGACACAUACUUAACCAAAGAUGAAAUGUCACUUCUAAUGAAAACAACAAGGCCGAAGUUUAUUUUCUGUGAUGACGACAUUGCGGAUAAAGUAAAAAACAUCGCUUCGGAGAUAAAUAGCAACGCUGUAAUUAUUGUAUUGGGAGAAAGAAUACCAAAUGUUUGUCAUAUUGACGACUUUCUGAAGGAGCCCGUCAAUUUCAAAUCUCUGGCUAAAGAGAUUCUGAUGAACCCUCCGGAAGUUGAUGCAAAAUCAUGUGCAAUUAUAGCUUGCACGUCUGGAACAACGGGUUUUAUCAAAGGUUUGAAACGUAUCAUUACAAAAAUACCCUUCAAUCCUGAACGAUUAAUUGAUAUUGUAAAGGAAUUCAAGGUGAAUUUCCUUCUGGCAUCUACUGGUAGUACAGUGCAGUUAGUUUGCAGUUCGAACUUGACAGAGGAUUCCCUGUUUAGUGUCAAAUUUUACGUCUGCAUAGGAAGUUUGAUUUCUAAGGAGUUUUCAGAUAAAUUCAAGCCUUAUCUCAGGAACGGAAUAUUCUUCACCGGAUACGGACUGACAGAAUGUGGGAGUGUGACUCGUGUGUCAAAGCCUUUAACCAAAACUAAUGUGGGCUGUUUAAUGGAAGGAGUCCAAGCUAAGAUCGUGGAUGACAACGGCAGAAAGCUAGGUAUCGAAGAAGAUGGAGAAAUAUGCGUCCAGACUCCGGAACAAUUCUUGGGUUAUUAUGGCGAUUCCAAAGCUACGAAUGAAGCUAUGGACGAAGAUGGAUGGCUGAAAACUGGUGAUAUUGGUCAUUUUGACGAGGAUGGAUUUCUUCACGUCACAGGUCGCAAGAAGGAUUGGUUCAAGUACAUCUCCUAUAAAAUAUCUCCGUAUGAAGUUGAACAGAUCCUCAAAAGCUAUCCCGGAAUCUCCGAAGCUGUCGUCAUUGGAAUUCCGGACCCAGUUUACAUAGAACUGCCAGCUGCUGUAGUGAUAAAGAGCGUUCUUUCAAUCACCGAAGAGGAUCUUAUUAAGCUAGUGGAAGAGCAAGUUUCUGACUAUAAAAGGCUCCGAGGUGGAGUCUUCUUCCUCAAAGAGUUUCCCAUGACAGCAUCGGGAAAAAUUAGGAGAAUGCAAGUUAGAGAAUUAGCAAUUGAUUUAUAUAAGGAGAAGAAUUCGUCUAAGUAA